GCGAAAUCCUAGCUACGCCCCUGUGCAUGAGAUGUCACUAAACUUUCUUUUUGUUGCUAAAGUACCACUUUACUUGUUUUGUUGCUAAGGAUACCAAUUAAGUAGUUUUACUAUUAUUUUACACUUAAAUUUAACGGUUGGGUUAAAGUAAUAUUUAAGGUGCCCGUUAAACAUGUUAAUUUAGUUAGUUGAUGCUGAGUCAAAAUUUUCUUUUUGACAAUUUAUUUAGCAUCACCGACAAAUAUUUAAGGUGCCCGAUAAACAUGUUAACUUCAUGGAGGUUUGGGGAUGGACAGAAACUUGGGCAUCACCGUCCAGCUCAUGACGUUAAAGAAGCAUUUGUUGGGCGGCAACCCAACCACUCCAAUUUGCAUUUCUUUUCACUUUGCUUUGGUUUCUGACUCAAUAAAUUGACAUUUGGGAGCUUGCGGUGUUUUUUACUUUGGCUCGCUCUUUCGGAUCUCAUUUGUCCUCCUAGUCCCUCCACCAUCUUUGUCACCUAAUUCGUGCUUAAGUGAGGGGGUGUUCCACGAUAUGUGUGUGUUUGUGUAAAUGGGUGGUCUGAAUUAAUUGUUUGGCCUAUUCUAAUGAAUGUUUUGGAGCCUUAAAGAAUGCCCAAAUUUCAAAAUUUUGAGGGCUCCAAGCACAUGUAUGAAUGAUUUUGUUUAUGGCCUACAUUAAGUGGGUUUUGGAACCUAGUACUGCUUACCCAUAUUUAAAAAAAUUGAGCAUCCCAAACACCUUGUCCUAUGCAUGUACUUACUCAGUAUACUUUGAAUUGGGUGAUGAUUGUGAUGGUGUGCAUUAAUAUUAUAGAGAGUAGUGUGGUGUUACGAGGUUUCUUGGUACAUGAGGGAUUUUGCUUCUAUUCCUCUUGGGUGCGUUCAUACCAUUUCUAUUGAGGUUAGUGCAUAUGUGUGAGACCCUCCCCAAUUUUAGACUCCAAAAGAUUUUGCAAACAGUUGCUCCAAUUUUGAAAAAAAGUAGCUCACGUGAGAGGCAACCGGUCAUAGUGUUUAAGUUAGGUCGUCAAGGGCUUUUCUUUUGGACCAGAGUACCAUUUGAGGAUGUGUUUUUUGGGGAAAUUUUGGAUAGCUUUCUAGUGUCUAACUCCUUCCUUCUACUUUUCACAUGUUUCCAAUGAAUGCCUCUCCUCCUCACGAACUUGAUUGAGAAGUCAUGUCUCAUGCUAGAUGCUUCUUCUGCUAGAGUCAAGAGACCCGGGGGAGUCUGGUUCGGGCAUAUUUGUACAUGUUUACCCCUUAAUACCUUGAUUGUUUGACUUGGUAAUCAUCAUUAUGCAACCUUAUUUACACUAGUUUUUGCUUCUUUUCUCACAUUUAAGGUCCUAGUACAUGUGGGAAGCUCGAGUACGAGUUUCAAGAUAUUUAGAGGUUCAAACGAGCCAAAAAAGUAUAGUUGUGCAAGCUUCACGGAGCAGAGCAAAUGUGUAAUACCUAGAGGACAUUAAAAUCACCCCAAAUUGUGAAGAUCACAAAUUUCUAGUAGCUUAUGGACAUUUCGCGGGCAUCUCAAGCUUUGUAUUGUAAUCCCUAUAUUCUCUAUGAAUUAGCCUCUUCACUAGGGUGAUGAACCCUAUUUCUAGAUUUUGGAUGGAUUGUUGAUGUAUGUGACAAAUACUAUGAUUUCUUAUGAAUAUUAUUUAUUUGAUUGAUAUUUAUGAUGAAUUUCAUGAAUCUUGAUCCCACUACAUGUCAAUUGAGCUUUUGACCUAGGAAAGAACCUCUCCCUGAGUUGAAUAGAGCAUGAUAACAUCGGAUUUGCACAUGUUUGCACCCUCGUUUCAUAAUCAUUUUGGCUUGAGUUUCUUCUUUCUUGGACUAUUUUACGCUAGGUUGCAUUCCUUUGUCACAUUUCAGAUCCUAGCAUGUGAAUUGAAGCAUAGGCGCAAGUUUCAAGUCAAUCAGAGAUCAUUUGGCAAUUCGGGAGAAGAAACACGAGCAUGACCUGAGGAAUAAUGGACUUAUGCCUCAUAUUAUGGACAAAUAAUCAUGUAAUUUUAUCAUGAAAAGAAAGAGAACGAGACUACGAGCGUCUGGGAUCAAACGGCGACUGAUUCGGAGUCCGGACGAGGGAGAAACGAAGCAUUAAACAGAGGCUGAGCAGGCCACACGGGCACACCAAAAACCCACACGGCCGUGUGACCUGGCCACGUGGCCGUGUGCGAUUUACCGAGCACUCACAUGGGCAUCCUGGGGAGACACACGGCCGUGUGGCCCCUGCCCGUGUAGCUUGGCUGGUUGCCCAUUAAUCGAAACGCCGCGUUUUGGCACUCACACGGGCAUCUGGGAAAGCCACACGGCCGUGUGGCCUGGCCGUGUGAGUCGGGAAUCUCUGGUUUUAAGCCAAAUUUCGAGCCAAAGGAGAGGGAGAGCUGGGUUUUGGAUCCCAAACACCCAAGGGACGAACCCUAGAGAAAGAGAGCGACUUGGGAAUAUUCUUUGAGCUAUUUUGGAGGAUUUCUUCACCAUUGGAGCUCGAGAAUCAAGCUUGGAGAUGGAGAUUGAAGAUCUAGAUCAGAUUUCUGCAGUCUCUCUCUUCUCUAUGGAGUAACUUCCCUUCACUUAGGUUUUGAGGAACCCUAGUUCCAUGUGUUAGGAUCUUUCUUGUAUGAAGUUUUGGAUGUUAUAUUGUUUGAUUAUAAUCGAUUGAGGCAUGAUUUAUUGAGUCAAUUGAAUCUUGAUCAAAUUCUCUUGAUUUCUGCUUUAACCUAUGAUAGAUAGAAUCUGAUUAGAUUAAGAGAGCUUCCUUGAUUGAUAGUGUUGAAUUGGUUGUGCGAGAGUCAAUCAAUUCACUGCUUUGUACUGGAAUUCAUUCCAGUAGAGGAGAUCUGUGUGAAUCGCCUUAGCAGUCUAUCCCGGUGAAGGCUAGUCGCCUGCCGGGUAUUCUGUCUAAGAGGGCUUGGUCAGUUUAAGAGAUUCCAAGCUAAUUUAGGAUCUUCCGCAGCUUAAUCAUUAGUAGAUCAACCAAAGGUAAUUGCAACUUGGACCUAAUUGAGGAGCUAGGGGGAAUCAUACCUAAGUGAGUUCCCAACUUGUAAUUAGUAGAGUAGUUUAGUAAAUCAAUCCUUAAUCUAGUUUGCUAGAUAAUGAACUGAAGCUGAGUAAUAAUAACUCUAGAGACCUGUGGAUUCGAUAUUUAUUACUUGUGCCACUAUACUGCAAUCCCUUUCAUUGGUUACACUUGGCCAUUGUUAGGUGUUGUGUUUUGGCGUGUCAAGUUUUUGGCGCCGUUGCCGGGGACUUUCUAGAUUAUUAGGAAAGGCGGAAGUUUGUUACUUUAGCGUUUUCUUUUGUUUUCGGCCCUUGCUUUUCACUUGGGUGUUUUUUGUUUUUGUUGGUGCAGAUCUGAAUCAUGGACCCUCAUGGCUUCUCCAACCAUUGGGGGUAUCCACCACCAUCCGAGUGGUAUUACCCCGAGACUCCCUGGAGUAACCAAGGAGGAGAAGACUAUGGAGUCGGGUUUCAGUACCAACCCCCCUACUACGAAGAACAAUCAGACCCCUGGGUAUUUCAAGAACAAUCUCCUUAUCAAGAAGAAUUCCUCCCACAACAAGAAGGACCAUCAGAUCUUGGGUUUGCCACAGCUUUCACGGGCAAUCCGGCAGAGCCAUGCUACACUCCACAGCCGGAUCCAAACUAUCACUUGAGGCUUCUGGUGGAGCAGAUUGCUCGAGUACCUGUGAGAUCCUUUCCCGAGAUGGAUCCUCAUAUCCAGGCCAUUGCCCAAACUGACUUCUCAUUUCCCCGUGAAACAGAGGAUACCCUUCGGAGCAUAAAGGAGCACAUAGAGGUCAUUGAGAAAGCCUGUUCACAGUUUUCUCAAGACAACCUUUAUGCUGCCAUACAAGUAGAGGUGGAGGAAGAAGAAGGCAAUCAUGAGGAUGUUGAGGAGCAUACAGAAGUUGUCAAGGAAAGCUCUCAUGAUAAUCAUGAUCAAGUGUAUCCUCUGGUGGUAGAUCACAACUUUCCCCAUUUCCGCUCUGACAUGUUGGUCCCGAGCGAGGAGAUGCAAGCUGAACUUAUUGAGAACCUUGCAUGGCGACUUGCUCUCCAAUCAGUUAUGGAAGAAGAAGAGAGAGAAAGGGUGAGGAAAGAAGUUGUGGAGGAUGAGGAAGAAAGCAAAGAAGAGGUAGUUCUUGAUAUUUUCCGAGGAGAGAGACCACAUUUUGAAGAAGGAAGGGGGGUUGAAGAAGCGAGUGGUGUCCAGGCUGAGGAUGAAGUUGAGGUGGAGGAGGCUUGCACCGGCCCUAUAAUACAAGUAAUAUCCCCACCAAACUUCAAGGACUGCUUAGCAAGGACCCAUUUGCAGUGUCUCUUUGCCAGACCAAGGCCACAUCGACAUUGGUCCCUCUUGGUGGACGCGAUGGUGGCCAAUCGAUGCUGUCAUGUCUUGUUUGGGGCAAUGGGACGAGAGAAGAGAAGAAGAGGUCUCGAGGAUGGAGACUUCAUCUGCAUCAAGUGCACGAGCUUCCAUCACCAGUCAUACCACAUGCUCGUGACUUGCAACUCCACCUUAUUGACGAGAACCUCAACUUCAAGGAGGUUCUAGCAUGGACCGAAAAUUAGGAGCCAUCGUCUGGCUCACGACGUGAAAGAAGCGCUUGUUGGGAGGCAACCCAACCAGUCGGUUUGCAUUUCUUUCUCUAUUUCUCCUCGGUUGAGUCAGUUUUGUUAUUUGAUUUUAGAGUCAAUAACUCAACCUUUGUAAG